ACAAGAUGGAGCUCCAUCCACUCCGUGUGAUGAUCUUGCUUAUUUCACUUAUCCGAGUCGGACAAGCUCAAGAGAUUAAACCAGUUCUGUCUGUGGAGCCGAAUUUACCACAAAUAUUCAGAGGAGAGACGGUUACACUCACAUGUAGGAUUUCAGGAGGAAAUGGACCGUACCACUGGUACAAAGAUGAUGUUAAUGUUCACAGAUCUGCUGAAAAUUACUACACUAUAAAAGUAGGUCAGAGUCACAAAUACAGAUGUUACGGGUCUAUUGAUGGACGGUCAGCGGCAUGGAGUAAUGAAGUGACUCUCUCAGUGAUAGAGAGACCAAAAGCCGUUCUGACUCUGCAGCCUGAUGGACAGAUAUUCAGUGGACAGGAAGUCACUUUCACAUGUGAAAUACGAGGACAUGCAGACACUGAGUGGAUGUACAACUGGUAUAAAGAUGGUGUCCAAAUAUUGUUCUACACUAAGAGUAGGCAAUAUUCAUUCACUGCUGUAGAGUCUCUCAGCGCUAAAUACACCUGCAGCGGACAGAGAAGAAGCGACCCUCAGACCUCAGAGACCAGCAACACUGUUACACUCACUGUGUCAGAUGGAAAAGCUCCACUGUCGGUACUGAAGCUCCUCAGCAGUGCAGUAGCGGCCUCUCCGUAUGUGCUGGUGACCAUCAUUCUGGCAGUGAAGUGUUACAGAGCUCGAACUGACCCUGACGAGGACAACAGACCGUACAGAGUGAUAGAAGCUGAAGCAUCUGUCUGAGUCUCAGGUUUUCACAUUAUUUUUCAUCAUCUAGCUUUUAUAUAACAGCAGCUCCCCGUGCAACAGAGAACACUGCAUUCAGCCCAUGGAGCUGUAACGUGAUGAACGAACGACUCUGACCCGAAGACUCGAGAGCUGAACUAAUCAUUUCUUUUUCCGGGGAACAGACGUGAGAAAUGCGACGCGACAAAAGAAAGAACGACUCGGAUCGGGAGGUGAGGUGAACUAACAGACUGUAUAGCCUGAAGACCUAAUGCUAAGCUAUUAAUUAAUCAUUUCUGUUUCUCAUAAUAUGGCCUUGGCUGCAAUAGCCUAUAUUUUAUUUUUUAUUCCAAAUGUGAUCGUUUGUGCAAGUACUAGAUGUGUUGGUGAAUUUAACAUGUAACAUUUUAAUUAUAUUCUGCUGAAAUGAAAGAAAUGACUUGAAAAAAGAUUUGUUCAUUUUGCUGAAGGAGAUUCAAAGAUCCGAGUCAGUAAAAUGGUCCGAACUUCCCAUCACUACUGCUCACUGCAGAGCCAAAUAGAUGGAGCUGGACGUCUAGCUCCACCUCUCUUGAUCUAGUCUAGUAAUCUAUGGAUGUAGUCUAGUUCCACCUCUAUGGCUCAUUUCGCCACCUACUGGCUGUUAACGUCAAUGCAAGCCCUUCUUUAGAUCAAACUUAUCUAAUUGGAAAAAAAUGUUGAUUGUUAAUGCACAAAGGUUCGGUCAAAGUAACCAUGAGACUUGCAUGGAA